UUUUGAUGGUUCAUUCCUGCUGAGUGACAUUGAAAGGUCACAUACCUUACCCAAUAAAAAUAUCUCUACCGAAAUCCCAGUUAUGGAAUUGCGUUUCGUUCAGAUCAUAGCCUGUGGAUUUCUUCUCAAUCAGCUCUUGUGAAGAGACUAGUUGGAUUAUCUAAAGCUCAGGAGGUAUAUCAAUUAACAAGUAGCGCCAUUGCGUGUGUAAUCAGUUCAUAAGUAAAUGCAUGGAUGGGAGAGAAGCGAUGGCGUUACCUGGGUCUGCAUCGUAUUAUAUACAGCAGCAGCAGCAGCAACAGAGAGGGGUAGCUGGAUCGGGGCAUGGAACUCAGACUGGGUUGCAUGGAUCGCUUGGUAUUCGUCCAUUGUCUAACCCAACCAUGCCGAUGCAAUCACAUAUUGGUGGCAGUUCCGCUGGAUCCGCGCUACAAGUAGAGCCCUCGUCGGCCAUUUCACCUCAUAGCAGUAACGUCAGUGUUCCAGGUACAACUGGGGCGCCGCAAGGAGAGCCCGUUCGAAGGAAAAGGGGUAGGCCUCGGAAGUACGGCCCUGAUGGCACCGUGUCGCUGGCAUUGUCUCCCGUGUCCACCUCUGCUCCUCCAUCCUCUUCGAUCUCACCAACCCAGAAGCGGGGUAGAGGACGGCCACCCGGGACUGGCAGGAAGCAACAAUUAGCUUCUCUUGGUGAAUGGCUCUCUGGUUCUGCUGGAAUGGGUUUUACUCCACAUAUCAUCACCGUUGCAGUAGGGGAGGACAUUGCUACAAAAAUAAUGUCAUUUUCACAACAAGGGCCGAGGGCCGUGUGCAUCCUUUCAGCCAAUGGUGCUGUAUCUACAGUGACACUCCGUCAGCCUGCAACUUCUGGAGGGACUGUCACAUAUGAGGGUCGUUUUGAGAUAUUAUGUUUAUCGGGAUCUUAUAUGCUCACUGACAAUGGUGGCUCCCGCAGCCGAACUGGUGGUCUUAGCAUCUCCCUUUCUAGUCCUGAUGGUCGUGUCAUUGGAGGUGGAGUUGGAGGAAUGCUGGUUGCAGCAAGCCCAGUUCAGGUGAUAGUGGGUAGUUUUGUGUAUGGUGGUUCAAAGUCGAAGAACAAGACCAAAGCUGGUCCAGAAACGGGUGCAGAUUCUGAUAAGCCAACAGGUGAUAAAUCGACCACGCCAACAAAUGCCUCUCCCAUUCAAACUCUGACCCCUACUCCUUCAAUGACUGGGUGGCCUGUUUUGGGGUCUCGCCCGAUGGAUAUGAGGAAUUCCCACAUUGAUAUUGACUUGACACGUGGAUGACAGUUUUAGCCAUGCACGUGGCGAAUGUGUAUAUGUAAAGGUGGAAAUGUAAGCUUAGGUGGCUAUCUUGUUUCAGACUCUUCUCAUUGACUAACAAAGUGUUUCUGUCCAUGUGAUUUGGUUCUGGCUCGCAUGUAUCUGUGGGCCUAUAUGAGAACCAUACAUGGACAACAAGUCCUAAUCAAAUGAGUUUUACAAAUCUUAGUUGUGGUUC